AUGCCCAGAAGAAACUACCAUCCAGACAGGAACUUUUUCAGAGGGAAAGGACACAGCUAUCUUGCAGCAGAAGAAGCUCUGGGCAUUGGACUCUUCAUUUUGGUGCUGGCCAUUUUACUUAUCUUUGGCUGCUGGUAUUACAGAAGACGUAGUGGCUAUAAAAGUCUGCGGAGUAAAAGCUCCAGUGUGGGCACAAUACGAACCAUGGUAGGUGAGGGAACAAUACCAGACUGCAAAAUAGCUCUGCAGGAGUACAGAAACUUUAAUUCUGUGGUACCUGAUGCUCCACCAGCUUACGACAAAAUUACUGCAGAUCAGUCACCACCACCUUAUUCACCAUGA